GUUCGUUGUUCUCGUGCGUAACUUCAGUGCUCUAUCAUGAUCGUCGUUCUCGCGCGUACAGCACUGUAUGAUGAUACGCACGGACGAUGUUGCGUAUGUUUCAACAUCGAUAGUUCAAUCUCCCCGGCUAUUUAGCAAGGGCUUGUCUCCGUUCAUGAAUUUACAGAUUCCAUACAGCCAACAUCAUGAGUGUCAAUAAGGUGUCGGAGGCGAAGUCGGUUGACGAGCUUGAGGUGAGAUUGGCCAUCAUAAAUUCGGCCGUUCAACAAAGACUGCAACGCAAGGUCGAAUCUGUUUCCUCGCUAGGCCGCGACUCGAACAAUUAUGUUCAUCUAGUGCACCUGGAAAACGCUGGCGAGCAUCACAGUAACGCUGAGAUCUCGCCUCAAGCUGGUACAUCGCCGCUGGAUCCAUCUGUGACGAAGAUUGUCAUACGGAUUUCGAAUCCGGCAGCCAUGUUGGACGACAAAGUCCGCGUUGAGAACGAAGUAGCUGCUGUUGCCCUCAUGCGUCGCGCGCUGGCGACAACUCCUCGUACGAUUGUUCCCAAAGUCUAUGCCUGGAAGCCUGCGGGCAAAGGUUCUGGCUGGAUUGCACAAGAAUAUCUGGAAGGCAAGCAAUUGAGCGCUCAUACCACCAAGCUUCCUGCAGAUAAGGUCACGUUUGUGGUAGAUCAGGUCGCCGAGCUCUUUGCGAAGAUACAGAGAUUUGACCCCCAAGUCGCAGGCUUCGGAGGACUCCGAUUCGAUUUGAAUGGCGAGGUUGUCACUGGGCGCUCUACACUGUGGUCGAUAGGACCAUUCCAUAAGUACUCGGAGAUGUAUCAUGGCAUAUUCGUGAAGCAGACAUCAUCAGCCGCGACAACUCCACUGCUUGAGGGGUGGAAGGGCACAGAUUUGCUAGAAAGACUAAAGAACUUUAGCGUGUCCGCUGUUUGGAAAGCGCUGCUUGGUAAAUUCGAUGGCUUCAAACCCACCCUCGUGCAUGGAGAUCUUUCAUUUGACAAUAUCUUGGUGGAUCCCGAGACAUUGCAGAUCACCGGAUUGUUGGAUUACGACUUCUCUCAUAUUGCUGCCCCAGCGGACGAGUUCGUCUACUCGUUCAUGGAACUUGGUGGACUUGUGCCUGGACCAUUUGAAGAUGAAGCUCUGCGAAGUUUGAGGCGCUUUCAACUUGGGCAGGGCGAAGAUGACCUGUUGCCUGAAGAGACCGAGGACAGCCCAGUCAACUGGACUUUGGCUAAAGCAUGGAAUUCAGCUUUGAAGAAGCAUGGCGUGAAUGGGCCCGCAGAGAUUGAAAAUAUUGCCGAUCUCGCUGAUAUCUAUUGGUUUUUGCUGGACGUUUGUCCGCCUUUCUUCAAUAUGCCGAAAUGGUUGGCCAAGCGCACAGACAAGCAGAAACAGGCUGCUAAGGCAAGGACCGAGAAGAUUUUGCACAAAUACAUUGAUAGAUGGACUAGCUAGAAAAUCUACGAACGCGCCUUGCUGUUCACUGUCUAACCCAGAA